AUGAAGCUCACUUUCCUCACCUCUUUGGGAUUCGCCCUCUUCACUGCCCUGGGUGCGGUGGCCAGCCCGGUCGACUUCGAUUCCAAUUCUCUGGACUUGAGAGACGAAGCUAUUAAAGCCAGUGCUGCUGAGGCCAACGUCUUCGACGAUGCCAGCAUUGCCGAUGAAGAUGGUGAAGCCGGCACUUUGAUCCGUUAUGAUGGAACUUGCUCCAAUCGGAACAACAAAUGCCGCUACAGGGCCCAAAGCGGUAGGACCGCUAUUUGCCGUUGCCAGGUCAAGCGGUGUGGAAGCGAGCACGGAAGAUGCUUCUUUGACAGCGUUAACAGACACUGCACUUGCUACUAG